AUGGCGCCCCCUCCUCCUCCACGCCUGCGCAUCCUCUCCGUCGGUGGAAAUGCGAUUUCGGCUUUCCUGUCAUGGCGCCUGCAAGCAACAACUUCCUGCGACGUAACGCUGGUUUGGAAAUCGGGCUUUGAGACCGUCGCUCAAUAUGGUGUUUCGUUCAAGUAUGACUGCGCCCGUGGUCGCCCGUUUGCAGGCUGGUUUACUGAUACCUUGGGUUUCUGUCACAGAUCAAAAGCUUUUGGCAAUGAGCGAUUCAAGCCUCGUCAUGUCGUCCGAACACCCGAAGAAGCUUCCUCUCGCGAAAAUGCCUACGACUACGUGAUUCUCUGUGUGAAAGCACUGCCCGAUGUCUACGAUCUCGCCUCGGUCAUCGAAUCCGUCGUCACUCCCCAGCACACUUGUAUUCUCGUAAACACGACGAAUACCAUCGGAAUUGAGGCCCACCUCGAGCAACGGUAUCCUACCAACGUGAUUCUUUCCUUAGUCUCCAACGUGGAGAUCUCUCAGACCGGCCCCAGCGAUUUCGAGCAUUUGAGUUCGAGCGAGAUUCAUGUCGGCGCGACCAACAAGCAAUCCGCCAUUCCCACCUCCAUUCAGAACGACAUGGCUGAGGCAUUGGCCAUGACUCUGAACUCCGGGCAGGUCAAUUGUCACGUAUCGCACAAUAUUCGACAGGAACAGUUCGAGCGGAUGAUUGGUCCUAUCGCGUUCCAUCCUGCAAGUGUAGCGUUCGAAACUUCUAACCCCACCCAGCUUUUAGAGAAAGUCGGAGUCCGCCAACUAGUGACCGGCAUUAUCGACGAGCUCUUGGAGCUGGCUCGAGUACAGGGCUGCAAUUUCCCCGGCGAUUUCCGAGAAAAGACGAUCGAGAAGAUGACCGCAUCAGACGCCCCGAGCACCAUGUACCUGGACUUCCAGGCCCGCCGCCCCUUGGAAAUCGAAACGUUUUUGGGGUCUCCCAUUAAAUUGGCGACUGAGUCCAACGUGUCUAUUCCUCGGAUCGAAGCUUUAUACGCCAUGCUUCACCAUAUUAAUAUUGCGAACCAGAACAGACCCCGACCAGGCGAUUCUCCGCCCGCAUCGGUCAUGGGUCACCCGCCACCCCGAAUGUCCUCUGCUCCUCCUGGACAACGCCCGCCAAUGAAUGGUGCGAUGCGGGGGAGUCGGGCGAAUUCGAGCAUGGGUGUGCCCCCUCCCGGCCAACGACGGGGCCCGCCCUCGGGUAUGAUGCCUCGGGGACCCGGCGGGCCGAUGCCAAUGGGUCCUCAGGGCAGACCCGGCGUUUCUCGAGAUACUUCAUUGGAAGGACUCGAGGAGUUCAGCCAUCUGGUGCUUUACGAUGAAUCGGAGGGUGGAAUGCCCAUGCCCCAGGCGAACGGCAAUGGCUAUCCCGAUGCAGCCUCUUCCCCCAACGAUAUAGCUUUGCGCGAGCGCGAGUUGGCUCUUCGCCAGCGUGAACUGCAAUUACGGGAACAGGAGAUGAGCAUGCGAAGAGGACCUGGACCGGGCGGCCCUGGUCGCCGUGGGCCCCCAUCUCGGGCACCAGCCACGGCCUUUGACGAAGAGGAUGAGGAUUAUUUCGACCCGAUGGACAACAUGGCGAUUCCCCACAUUGAUCCCGAUCAAGUCGACAUGAUGAGUAUCACGUCACGCCGAGCCCGCAAGGCUCCCAACCACAGCCAGAUCCGCAAGAAUCCCGAGAUGAUGGGUGGUGGUCCUCCCAUGUCUCAAAGUCGACCCGGGUCAUCAUUUGGUCGCUAUUUUGGCCGGAAACGCGCGAGUGAUCGAGUGAUGCAGGAAAUCCCGGGCCUCCACGACUCUCUCAUGGACAACCCGAUGAUGAGCUACUCGUCGAACCGAUACGGAGCCGUUGACCGCAACCAAAUGGGCAUCGAUUCACGGGCGAACUCUCUAACGGCCAGUCAUAUGGGCGAUUUCCCAUCGCGAUCGUACCCCCAGAGCCGGCGAAACAGCCAGUCCCCCGCCGCACCUUUCCCCGGACCCCCGGCCCAUCUCGUAUGGGUCGGCCCAUGA